AUGACGAAUAAUACCCCUGAGCUCACCAUUGAAGGCCCUACAAACUUAGGACCACCCAUUGGCUUUGGAAUGUAUAAUGUUGGGCAAACUAGUGAGGUCUAUUUGCUCCAAGUUGCUCUACCAGGGAUCGGGCUCGUCGAAUCUAGCGAGCUCUCGGUCACCAUUUAUAAAUAUGGAGGGGUUGUGAUAGAAGGAAAGAUCCCGGAAGCGAGGAUCUUUAGGGAAGCACCCACUCCCCUUCGGAUGUUACACCAAACAUUUCCGAGGUCAAGGACAUUCCGUCUUGAGUGCUUCCUGCCCGGGCCAGUCGACCCUCGGGUGUCUAUACUCAAAUUUGGAGAUGAUGGGCUUCUCAAUAUUGGGGUGAAGAAAGACUUGUAUGGUGAAUUUUAA